AUGCAUGUUAGCUUCUCAAGGAACGGGCUACGCUUGGUUCAAGCAUUUUUAUUUGGAGGAUUGACCGUAGCGGCUUUCUGCGUCGUUGCUGAUUCUUUGUAUUACGGCUCUUUAAAGCUGACGGCCGGUUCCGUUCAUAUGGAUACUUUGCAUAAGCUAUUGGAUUUUAUCUUGCAUCCUUCUCAAUGGACGCAAUUGGCCUAUGAAGGAACAUUGUCAUGGACGCCUCUGAAUAACCUGUUGUAUAACCUGAAAACCGAAAAUUUGGCCCAGCACGGGAUCCACCCUCGCUAUGUCCAUUUACUGGUCAAUCUUCCUAUGCUAUUCGGGCCACUCGCUUUUGUGUUUGCGGCAAAGUUUAUUAGCAUGAUCAAGGGAGCCAAAAAUGAUGCUCAAGCACCGAUUAUAUAUGUGUUAUUGGGCAUCGUCGGUAUUAGUAUGGCUGGACUUUCCCUUAUGCCACAUCAAGAAGCCCGUUUUCUCGCACCGAUGUUAGUGCCUUUGGUUCUUUUGGUGGCAUGGCACCAACGCAGAUUGCCAGUUGCAUUUUGGUUACUGUGGGUCGUAUUUAACAUAGCCACCCUCUACAUUUUCGGGGUUUUGCACCAGGGUGGUAUUGUUCCUGCCAUGGCUUAUCUUCAAGGACAAGUGACCAAGGUGGGAAAUUGCCACUUAUUGGAUAGUUCGCACUUGACCUGUCAGUUGGGGUUAUCUACAAGAACGCAUGCUAUGCAAGUUCAAUUGGUGGAUUGUCUUGGGAAUGAAACUUGCGCAGCAGAGACGUUACGCCAGCGAUCUGGAGUCAAGUUGCGCACUGAUCGACAGUUCUAUGAGAUUGAUUUUGCUCAAUCGACCAUUUCUGAUGCAUAUGAAAGAACAUUGUUGAUUGCACCAAACAUUGAGCCACCACCGCAAGUCGACGGUCAUCGAUAUUUACUUCUCGGCAAUUAUGUCCCGCAUGUAGAUUUUGAAAACAUAAGUAUUCGCUUGGUAAAGGAAGGCCGCUGGAAGAUGAAACUGGUCACGCCGCCUCCAAGCCUAAACGUCUAUCUUCUCAUUUCUGAAGAAUAA